AAAAAAAGAAAAAACAAAAUCAAAUACUUAAUUUCGUUUUCAACUUAUCCCUCUCCCACCGGCGAAUCGAGCGAGUCACCGGAAGCUGACUGACCGAAGAAGCGAAACCCGGUAGUAUUUUCCCGUCUGAAAUAGUUGUCAUCACCGAUUUAACCCGGAGAGUGGCGGUGAUGGAAGAGGAGGAGCCAAUGGGUGAGUUUCGCGGCGAGUCUGAGCCUGACCAGAGGAAAUCUGGGACUCCGAGGCUAUACAUUAAAGAGCUCGUGAUGAGGAACUUCAAAUCAUACGCCGGUGAACAACGCGUCGGACCUUUCCACAAGAGUUUUUCUGCGGUGGUUGGACCUAACGGGAGUGGAAAGAGCAAUGUGAUAGAUGCAAUGCUGUUUGUAUUUGGGAAACGAGCUAAGCAGAUGCGUCUCAACAAAGUGUCAGAACUAAUCCACAACUCAACCAAUCACCAGAACUUGGAUAGUGCUGGAGUUUCUGUACAGUUUGAAGAGAUUAUUGAUUUGGUAAAGUUGUUGCUUGAAACCCUCAAUGAUAAGCGGUCUGGAGUUGUACAAAUGGUGAAACUAGCAGAGAAAGAAAGAGACAAUUUAGAGGGUGUGAAGGAUGAGGCGGAGACUUACAUGCUGAAAGAGCUAUCAUAUCUUAAAUGGCAAGAAAAGGCUACACAAAUGGCAUAUGAAGAUACUUUAACUAAAAUUACUGAACAGAAAGAGAGCUUGCAAAGUUUGGAAAAUAGUCUAAAAAAUGAGCGAGAGAAAAUGGAUGAGAGUAAUAAGGAGUUGAAGGGAUUAGAGUCUGUGCAUGAAAAACAUAAGAAGAGACAAGAGGCUCUUGAUAUCGAACUUAAAGACUGCAAGGAGAAAUUUAAAGAGUUUGAAAGGCAGGACGUAAAGCAUAGGGAAGACUUGAAGCACAUGAAGCAAAAAAUCAAGAAGCUCGAGGAUAAACUUGAAAAGGAUUCAUCCAAAAUCAGUGAUUUGACAAAGGAUUGUGAAGACUCGAGAAAUCUAAUACCUAAACUUCAGGAAAAUAUACCAAAGCUUCAGAAGGUCUUGGUAGAUGAGGAGAAGGCAUUGGAAGAAAUCAAAGAGAAAGCUAAAGUUGAAACUGAAGGUUACCGGUCUGAGCUUACAAAGAUUCGUGCUGAAUUAGAACCUUGGGAAAAAGAUCUAAUUGUGCACAGGGGAAAGCUUGACGUUGCAUCAUCUGAAAGCGAACUCUUGAGCAAGAAGCACGAAGCUGCUCUGAAAGCCUUCACAGAUGCUCAGAAGCAGCUCUCUGAUUUAUCAACGAGAAAAGAAGAAAAAGCUGUAGCAAGUACCGCUAUGAAAGCUGAUAUAGAGAAGAAAAAACUUGAAGCAAUGGAAGCUCGGAAAGUGGAACAGGAAUCACUUAAAGACCAAGAAACACUUAUUCCACAAGAGCAGGCAGCUAGAGAAAAAGUUGCUGAGCUAAAAUCAGCAAUGAACUCUGAGAGGAGUCAGGGUGAUGUUUUGAAGGCAGUUUUACGAGCGAAGGAGAACAAUCAAAUUGAAGGAAUAUAUGGAAGGAUGGGGGACUUGGGUGCGAUUGAUGCAAAAUAUGAUGUCGCCGUAUCAACUGCAUGUGGUGGCCUUGAUUACAUUGUUGUGGAAACAACUUCUGCAGCGCAAGCAUGUGUUGAGCUGCUGCGGAAGGGAAAUCUUGGCAUUGCAACGUUUAUGAUAUUGGAGAAACAAACCCAUCAUUUACAAAGAUUGAAGGAGAAAGUGAAGACACCCGAGGAUGUUCCGCGCCUCUUUGAUCUGAUCAGAGUUAAGGAUGAACGUAUGAAACUUGCAUUCUAUUCAGCCUUGGGAAAUACUGUUGUGGCAAAGGAUCUUGAUCAGGCAACACGUAUUGCAUAUGGUGGGAAAACAGAAUUUGGAAGAGUUGUGACUCUUGAAGGCGCUCUCUUUGAAAAAUCUGGAACCAUGAGUGGAGGGGGAGGCAAGCCACGUGGGGGAAGAAUGGGAACCUCUAUUCGAGCCACUGGUGUGUCUGGCGAAGCUGUUGCUGAUGCAGAAAAAGAGCUCUCCAACAUUGUUGACUUGUUAAGCAACAUCCGUGAAAAGAUUGGGAAUGCUGUGAGACAAUAUCGAGCUGCAGAAAACGAAGUCUCUCGCCUGGAAAUGGAAAUGGCGAAAAGCCAAAGAGAGAUCGAAAGUCUCAAUUCAGAGCAUAACUACCUCCAGAAACAACUAGCUUCCCUGGAAACUGCAUCUCAGCCAAAGACAGAUGAGAUAGACAGGCUUAAGGAUCUCAAGAAAGUCAUCUCCAAAGAAGAAAAAGAGAUUGACAAACUGGAGAAGGGUUCUAAACAGCUGAAGGAUAAAGCUUUAGAGCUGCAAACCAACAUAGAGAACGCUGGUGGGGAAAAACUGAAAGGACAAAAGGCAAAGGUUGAGAAGAUUCAGACUGACAUUGACAAAAAUAAUACAGAGAUCAAUCGCUGUAAUGUUCAAAUAGAAACAAACCAGAAAAUGAUAAAGAAGCUGACAAAAGGGAUUGAAGAGGCGACUCGAGAAAAGGAAAGGCUAGAGGGUGAAAAGGAAAAGUUGCUGAGCGUUUUCAAAACUAUAGAACAAAAAGCAUUUGCGAUUCAAGAGACGUAUAAAGAAACACAGAAGUUGAUUGAUGAACACAAAGACGUGCUGGAUGGAGCAAAGUCCAGUUAUGAGAAGCUGAAAAAGUCUGUAGAUGAGUUGAAGGCGUCUAGGGUCGAUGCAGAAUUCAAAGUCCAAGAUAUGAAAAAGAAAUACAAUGAAUUAGAAUUGAGAGAGAAGGGCUACAAGAAGAAACUCAACGACUUGCAGAUUGCACUCACAAAGCAUAUGGAACAAAUUCAGAAAGAUCUUGUUGAUCCGGAUAAGCUUCAAGCAACAUUGAUGGAUAAUAAUUUGAACGAAGCGUGUGAUCUAAAAAGGGCUCUUGAAAUGGCUGCCUUACUGGAGGCUCAGCUGAAAGAGUUGAACCCAAAUCUUGACUCAAUCGCCGAGUAUCGGAGCAAAGUGGAACUGUACAAUGGAAGGGUAGACGAACUUAACGCUGUAACCCAAGAACGUGAUGACAUAAGAAAGCAGCAUGAUGAUUUGAGAAAGAGAAGGUUGGAUGAGUUUAUGGCGGGAUUUAACACUAUAUCGUUAAAACUGAAAGAAAUGUAUCAGAUGAUCACUCUCGGAGGUGAUGCAGAGCUCGAGCUGGUAGACUCGCUGGACCCUUUCUCAGAAGGUGUGGUUUUCAGUGUGAGACCUCCAAAGAAGAGCUGGAAGAACAUUGCAAACUUGUCGGGUGGUGAAAAGACACUUAGCUCACUCGCCUUAGUAUUUGCACUCCAUCACUACAAGCCCACACCGCUUUACGUCAUGGACGAAAUCGACGCCGCUCUGGACUUCAAAAACGUAUCAAUCGUUGGACAUUACGUGAAGGACCGUACCAAAGACGCUCAGUUCAUUAUCAUCAGCCUGAGGAACAACAUGUUUGAGCUAGCAGAUAGAUUGGUGGGAAUCUACAAAACAGAUAACUGUACAAAGAGCAUAACAAUCAACCCUGGAAGCUUUGCAGUUUGCAACAAAACGUCUGCUUAAGUCUACCAAAUGAACGUAUCUCUCUACAUUAACCACUUCUACAAGUAAUAUAACUCAUAUUGUAUUGUUAAUUGUUUUCCUUGUGUGGCGUUUUCUACUGUUUAGUGAACUUUGGAGUUUGCUUUUUUUUUUUUUUUGUUUUAAAAAUGCUGGGAUUAACAUUAACAAUGUUAUAAGUUAUAACAUCAAAAAUGUAUAAUAUAAGUAUUGGUUAGUAGGCCUACUUGUAGACCAACCUCCAUUGGUCAAACCAUUACCAUAAUUAUUUGUGUUUUGUAUGAUAUCUGACUUUUUUCAAAGCACAAGUGGCAUUUUUUUUUGUUACAACUCGCACAAGUUACAUUUGAUUUUUCCAUUUUUGUUUGUUUCUUCUAAAAAAAAACUCUUGCAUACAACUCAAUGUCAGCAUGCAUACGGUACAUAUACAAAUACAACUUCAUUCUUUGGUGUUCAGUUUUCAACUCACAAAGCUCUGAUUAUUGCCUUUGUAUUGAGGCACUUUUAUUUGCACUAACAGAUAGAUAAAGAGAGUUACUUCAACACAUCUUCUUGAUGGGAAACAAAACAAAAAGCAAAGUUCUUCAAGCAGCAGGAGGAUCUUCGUUCACAAAUUUGGCAAACUCUUCCCUUGUUCUCCCAUUAGGAUUCUUCUUCCACUCGAUGAACUGCUUCGACGCCUCAAUGAACUUCUCCAUGUGAAGCCUCUUCCAUUCCUACCAAAUCCCAUUCUCCAUACAAAUCAGGAUCAUCCUUGUUGGCCCAUAUAAAGGCUUCCACUUUCAUCUUCUCCCAAGUGUCCUUCAAUACAACCUCAACGGUCGUCCUCACGUAUUCAUCUCCUUCAAUCAUAUCCAAAUUCUCAAGCUGAGCAUCUGUUAAUCCAGUUAGUAUCUGCAACAAACAAUCAAAACCUCUUUCUUCAGAAGGAGCAAUACAAGGAUGCAAACGUCCUUUGAGUCGAUACAGAUGACUGC